GCUGGCGAGCCCAGCCGAGCGGCUUUCUACUACCCUAAUCCUCGCCAAGGACAGGCCGGCUGCAAGCGCGGCUAGCGGGUGCGCGCGAUUGUGCAUGCGCGCGCUGGACCGACCAAGCAGAUGGAAUGUGGUGUGAGACAUUGAAACAUGCCGUUAAUCAAAAGGAACAUUGAACCUCGGCACUUAUGCCAAGGAGCUUUACCUGAAGGAAUUACUAGUGAAUUGGAAUGUGUAACCAAUAGUACUCUUGCUGCUAUCAUACGUCAGCUAAGCAGCUUAAGCAAACAUGCUGAAGACAUAUUUGGUGAGUUGUUUAAUGAAGCCAACAACUUUUACAUCAGGGCAAAUUCUCUUCAAGAUAGGAUUGACCGUUUGUCUGUCAAGGUUACUCAACUGGAUUCAACUGUGGAAGAAGUUUCAUUGCAAGAUAUUAAUAUGAAGAAAGCAUUCAAAAGUUCUACAAUACAGGAUCAACAGGUUGUUUCAAAGAGCAGCAUUCCCAAUCCUAUAGCUGAUAUAUACAAUCAGAGUGACAAACCACCUCCACUGAAUAUUCUUACAUCAUACAGAGAUGAUAAAAAAGAUGGAUUAAAAUUUUAUACUGAUCCUUCUUACUUCUUUGACCUCUGGAAAGAAAAAAUGUUACAAGAUACAGAGCAUAAGAGAAAAGAGAAGAGACGACAGAAGGAUCAAAAACGUAUAGAUGGCACAACUCGUGAGGUGAAAAAGGUUAGAAAAGCAAGGAACAGGCGCCAAGAGUGGAAUAUGAUGGCGUAUGACAAAGAACUUAGACCAGACAACAGGUUGUCUCAGAAUAUUUACCCUGGAACAUCUUCUGAAGGGUCUCUGUCCCCUGAAACUAGAUUCCAUGCUUCGGAUGUUACCAGUUAUUCAUAUCCUGCUACACCAAAUCAUUCACUCCAUCAUCAGCUUUGCUAUGUGCCUUCAUGUGGAACAGGAGAUGGAUCUCAGUUUAUGUUGGCAAAACAGGGCCUUGAACAUGAAUAUAGGUUAUCUUCUACCACAGUGCAACAUGUUACUUUGAAUAGGCCUCAAGAACCACCUCCGCCCCCACCCCAAAUCUUAGAUGGUGCUCUGGGCGCUGUUGCAUUGAUACCAGCAGAUUAUGGGAUGAUUGCAGCUCAGAUGGUGGAUUAUUACAAUUCUUCAGGAGGCCCAGCCCCUGCAUCACCGCUUAUGAUUCCUUCUGCACAGACAGCUUUUGUUAGUCCUCUCCAAAUCCCUGUGCUACCUACUCAUUCUGGACUAAUGACUGGUACACUGUAUUCUGGUACCCUUCAUCUUCCUCCUUCUGGGCCUAUUGUUACAGCUCCUGCUCCUCCUGGCCCACCUCCUCUUCCUCCAGGCCCUCCUGCAGGAUCUUUUCUCUCAUCGUCUCCUUUGCACACUCCUGCAGUAGCUGAAGUUAAAAUGCAGGAGUCUAUCCAGUCACCCAUCAGUGGUGCUCGAAGUGAUCUUCUUGCUGCUAUUCGGAUGGGAAUCCAGUUGAAAAAAGUACAAGAGCAGCGUGAACAGGAGGCCAAGCGUGAACCGGUUGGAAAUGAUGUGGCCACAAUUCUUUCUCGACGGAUUGCAGUGGAAUACAGUGAUUCGGAUGAUGAGUCAGAAUGUGAUGAAAAUGACUGGUCAGACUGAAAAUGGGUGUGCGGCACCAAAGUAUUCUAGUAAACUGACCUAGAAAAUCAUUUAUAGCCUACCCUGGCAGUACUGGUAUACAAUAGAACAAGUAGGCUUAUUUGGUGAUGAUCAGAUUGAUCUAAUUUAGUUACUUUAGUUCAGUGUUUCUCAACUUUGUGAAUUUAAGAUGUCUGGACUUCAAUGCCCAGAAUUCCCCAGAUAGUGUGCUAGCUGGGGUAUUCUGGGAAUUGAAGUCCUGACAUCUUAAAGGUUGCCAAGGUUAAGAAACACUGUUUUAGAUCACAGUGUUUCUGCAGAUGAAAAAACAAACUUUUAUUUUCAGUUUUUGCUGCAUUAAUUGCAGAAAAGCAGUUUUCCUUUACCAUAAAUAUGUAUAAUUAUUUUUACUAUUUGAAUAUUAUAAGCAAUUUCUUUACUAUGGCAAAGCAAUAUCUUUAAGUAACAAAAUGUCAUUGAUUCUUCCACUUUGACUCACCUUCAUUAACAUGCAAAAAUUGCAAGCAGCUAGUUACUUCUUCUUUAUUAAAACAAACCUCAACAACUAUGUUACUUCCAGAAUCUUUUGAAUGAAUUUCUGUUCGCCAUAAUUAUGUUUCCAAAUACUCUGGAUUUGGAUCUAUUCAAAUAGCAUAUAUGGAGAAGUAUAGGUUGACAUCAGCAUAAAAACUGCGGCCAUGCAAAACCAACGGAAGGAUGAUACAGAAUGAAUCUGAAUGAUUUUGCACAAUACUGUGGAAUGCCAAAUGCCUUCCCUCCUUGCUAAUUUUAUUCAGCUUUCAUAAUCUGUUUUUUAAAUUCACCCAGUUUAUGCUGAGCACAUUGACCUUAUGGUUCAGUGAAUAAUGUAAUUGAAUUUAUAGAUAUAUUUAUGAAUAGUUGGGCUCCAAAAAUAAAAUUGAUUAACUAUCCAGGCUCCUCUUGCCCCCUUAUUAUGUGUUAAUGGCCUCAUUUAUGAUUGGUUUCCUCAUCCAAAUACAUCCUUAAUUAUUGAAAUGUAUGUUCCAAAUUGAUUAAUAUAAUUUUCUUACUUUUCAUGUAUUAUUUAAAGGGCUGCAUAUAUUACAUAUAAGGUAGACUCAUAAUGCCUUUGGCCAGCCUAUAAAAGUGAACUGGAGUCAGCAUUUUAAAAAUGGCAGUUUCUAUUUACAUUUUAUGUCUACCUUAAUUUACUUUAUACUUUUCAAUUACUUUGAAAUUAUUCAGGGUGAAAACAGAAUGGGAUUUACCUUUUAUGUCUAUGGCAGGACUAGAAUUCACAAUUUUACUGUUGCUUUCAAAUUUCUGAUUCUAUGAAACAGCGUUAUCAUUGUUUGAGGGAAUGGGAGUUAGCAGUGCCCAGAAAAUGCCCUUUCCUCAUUGGGUGCCACUUUCCCUAUGGUUUUAUUAUAGUGGGCAGAACAAAGGGAUGUCCGCCCCCUAAAACUUGCAAGAUAGAACAGGCUGCAAAACUUCUUUGUAAUAGGUAAACCUCCACUAAUUUUCAGUUACUAAAUCUCAGGCUUGAACAUGUAACAAUCCAGAGUUAGGGGACUGAACAUCAAAAGAAUGACUGGUCUAUCUUGGUCUAUUUUUUAGUAUUGUUAAAACACUAAAUUUAUGGCCUCGUGGAGAAGAGCAAGUUGACUUGGUAUUCAUCAUCAAAACCUGGCUGACUCCUGAAAGGGGAGUUUCCCUCUUGGAGAUAUGCCCAGCUGAAUUUAGGGUUUUGCAUCAGUCAAGACCCCAGGGUAGAUGAGGUGGAAUGGCAAUAAUCCUCUGAGAAUAUCUUUUGGCCUUUAGGGGCCCUGCUCCACAAGCAGGGACCCUGUCUUGAAACUGGGAUCAUAGGAUGGAAUCAUGGGAUUGUUGCUCCUGUACCAAUCUUCCUGCUGCAUAAUAACCUCCAUGCCUGUGCUGUUGGAGGCCAUCUCAAUGGCACAGUAUUGUGUUGGUUUAACUCCCUUCUCCAAGGUUGACCUCAAUCUAUAUUGCUAGGGAGUGGGAAAUCCAGCUCACUUCUCAUCCUUUGUGGGGUUGCUCAGGGCUUGGCACUCUGUUGUAUACCAGUUGUGUCCUUUCCUGGAUUUACGAAGCCCUGCGCUCCGCCUUUUGUUACUGCAAUGUGCUCUACAUAGAGAUACCCAUAUAUUUGGAAGCUUCAGCAGGCACAAAAUUGAGCAGCACAAACAGUUUUAGGGGCCGUACAGGAGCUCAUGUAACAACUCUGUUGCACAAGCUGCACUGGUUGCUGGUUUGCUUGCAGAUUUAUUUAUUUAUUUAUUUAAGAAAACUUUAUUUAAGGAAUGUACUUGGCAUUUCUGUUUCUGUUUGCACCUCCUUCUCCCCCCAAAAAUAUUUCUUUAAACAGGACAUGUUACGACAUUGAUGUUUUCAACAUUGUGUGCUUGGUAGAUCUCAUUAGUGAGAUACAAUUCACUUUUCAUUUUACCCAUUGUUUUGUCAGUAAGUUCAGAAACAACUUGACCAAAUACAGAUAGUUCCUCACUUACCAAUUGCUCAUUCAGUGGCUGUUAAAAAUUACAGUUAUGCUCAAAAAAGGAGAACUACAACUGGUCCUCAAAAUUCUGGCUGUCACAACAUCAUAGCGAUUAUGUGAUUGCAAUUUGGGUUCAUGGCAAUUUUAUAGUAGUCGCAGCAUCCCACAGUCACAUGGGUUGCUAUUUGUGAUCUUUACAGCUGUCUUCUGACAAGCAAAGUCAGUAUGGAAGCUGGCAAGAAGUUGCAAGUUGUAGUCAUGUGACAUUGCAUUUAACAACUAUGGGUGAUUUGCUUAUGACUUCAGCUGGAACUGUUAUCGUGCAUUGGGCACAAUCACGUUAUUUUCAUUUUUAUUUAUUAAUUACAGUUAUGCAGCUGCCUACCUCACAAGAAGCAACUCGAUUUUUCACUUUGUGAUCAUAUCUCUUAGUGGCAGAAUUGCUCCUGUCCUUUUUGAACUGUGAGAACUACCUGUAAAUUUGGUAUCAUAAAUAGAUAAUAAUAAAAUGUAUUAUUAAAUUUUAUUUAAUAAUAAAAACAAGCAUUUUAAAGUACUAAAAAUAGUACCUUAAUACUUCAACUAAUUCUCAUUAAAGCUCUGAACCUCUCCAUAUUGAAUAGAAUAAGAAUACAGUCACUUUUUUAAAAAAAAAUAAUUUAGAUCUUUAAUGAAGAUUUAAGUUUGAAAUAUGGAAAUAAUCAGUUCUUUUCCUUGCAUGUGGAAAUAAACUAUACAAAAAGGAUGUGAACAUCAUCGAUCUUGAAGAUGGUCUUAUCUGGUAGUGAAUUCUUUGGUUUCCCAGAAUUCCAAACUCCUGAAUUCUGGAAAGUAGAAGUAUUGUGUUCUCAUCUAUGAAUAUAAUUAACAUGUUUUCUGCUUUUACAUAAUAUGCUGAAUCCUGAGACAUAAUUUUGGUUUGCUAGUGAUGACUAUUGCUUCCUAUUAUUUGGCACUCUGAUAUUUAGAAUAAGGAUGGAUUUAUCACCUAUGCAUUUAUUGGAUCUUGAUGUAACUGAUACAAUACAUCAUAUGUAUUCUGUCCAUUACAAUGUUAGUAAUGAACAGGCGAAAACAUGUUCUUUUGGUUGAAGAAAUGUAGGGAUGCAAGAUAAGCCUGGAACUGUUUUUCUUUUGUUAUUGUCAAGUAAUGAAAUUGUUACAAAAAAUGAUUCUGGUACUAAAGUUUCUUCUAUUAUAGAUUUAUUACAGUAUAUUUUAGAAGCAAAAUAGUUGUAUUUUGAAUUAUUUCUAAAUUGUUGAGUAAUUCUUUCUAAACUAUUUCUAAACUACUAAGUUAUUUGUAGUUAAAAAUACUACAUAUUUAGGUGAUUUACUUGUUUGCUUUCUAAACUGAAAAACUUUUUUAACCUCUUUUCAAUAUUUGAUCAAUAAAAUGUAAAUUAACAUGA